UUAAAAUUGCACGUGCGUAUUUUUCAUAUGAAUACCAUAAAUAAAAAAGUAUUUUUUAGCAAAAUAACAAAAAACCCUGUAAAAAUAAACAAGUGCUGCGUUUAAAAUUUUAGUAAGUGUUAUUUUUCUAACAAAAUUAAUUUAAAUAUAAAAUGCGCUUGUUGAUAUUAUAUGGAAGUCAAACAGGUACUGCACAAGACAUAGCUGAAAAUAUAUGGAGAACUUCCAAACAAUAUAAUUUUUCUGGCCCAGUAUUACCUUUAGAUGAAUAUAAAAUUGAAAAUCUUAUAUAUGAAGAAUUAGUACUAUUCGUAGUGGCUACUACAGGGCAAGGGGAUGAGCCAGAUAAUAUGAAGAAAUUUUGGAAGUUUUUGUGCAGAAAAUCAUUGCCAAAUAACUCACUAGCGCAUAUGAAAUUUGGUUUGCUAGGAUUAGGGGACUCCAGUUAUAUUAAAUUUAAUUUUGUGGCGAAAAGGCUUUUUAAGCGCCUUGUACAAUUGUCUGCAGAACCUUUACUUCAUUUAGGGCUUUGUGAUGAUCAACAUGAUCACGGACUAUAUGCAACAUACUUUUCAUGGAUGAAAGAAUUUUGGAACAUUUUACAAAUUGAUAUAAUUACGAAGCAAGUGACAAAAUCGGUUUUUAAACUGAAAAUUAUUGAAGUAGGAAAUAAUAUUCAAGACCAAAAUUUAAACUUGGAAUAUUUAAAAUGGCCUUAUAAUAAAAAAUUUUCUAACUUUAAAUUAAUUCAAAACUAUAGAGCAACAACAAAGGAUCAUUUUCAAGAUGUUCGCCACAUCAAAUUUAGGUAUCCAUCAAAUGUCAUUUGGAAACCAUUUGAUAUUUUUGAUGUACGUCCUUGGAAUUGUGAUAAAGUAGUUAGCAAAUUUUUUGAAAUCCUUUCAGAGAACAAAGUUCCUAUAAAACGUCAAACAUUUGUUAGUUGUGAAACUAUAGAUCAAGAGAUGGAGGUUCCAAUUUGUUACCGUCAGGGUCUUUUCAUCGAAUCAGCCGCUAAAUAUGUUUGGGAUUUAACUGCAGUUGCUAGGCAAAAGACAUUUGAACUACUAUCGGUCAAUUGUACUGAUGAACUAGAAAAAGAAAAACUUUUAGAAUUGUGCUCUGCUGAAGGUUUAGAUGAAAUGAUAAAAUAUGCUUCUCGACCAAGGAGAAAUAUUUUAGAAGUGUUAAACGAUUUUCCACAUGCUACUUCACAGAUUACACUACCUAUUUUAUUUGAAAUGUUUGAUGUUAUCAAAACUAGAUCAUUUUCUAUUGCAUCCUGCCCUGAGGAAGGUUCUUUACGUCUUCUUGUAGCAGUGGUAGAGUACAAAACAAUUUUGAAAGAACCAAGAAAAGGUCUGUGCUCUAAUUGGCUAAAAAGCCUACGUAUUAAUGAUGAAGUACUUGGAUGUAUUCGAUCGGGUACAAUGAAUAUUCCGAAUGACAGCACACCAUUAGUGUUAAUUGGUCCUGGAACUGGCAUAGCUCCAUUUAGAAAUUAUCUUAUAAAGGUUGAACAUGAAAUAAAACUGUUACCCCAUAAGGAUAGAAGAAAAAUUAUUGUAUUUUUUGGAUGCCGAAAUAGACUUAAAGAUUUUUAUUUUAAAAAUGAUUUUGCACGUCUCGAACAACGAAAUAUUGCAAAAUUUUAUUACGCAUUUUCUAGAGAUCAGGAACAUAAGGUAUAUGUCCAACAUUUGAUUAAACAGCAACAAGAUACGCUUCGUGAUAUAAUAUUGUUGAAAAAUGGGAUUAUUCUUGUAGCUGGAAGUUCAAAUAACAUGCCUAAGCAAGUAAGAGAAGUAUUUUGUGAAAUUUUUGGCAAUCCUAAUUAUUUUGAAGAAGUUUUAAUUAAAAGUGGUCGUUAUCAAGAAGAAGUUUGGUCCUAGGAAUUCUAUUUAUUUGCAUAUUUAUUAAAAAUACAUGUGUAUAAACAGCGGAUUACGGGGAACUUAAGUUAACUAAAUUUCAACACCUUAAGUGCAUAGAUAAUUUUUGUAGAAAUUAAAGAAAAUAAAAUAUAUGUAUAUUUUUAUUAAA